GCACAUGAGUGGGUUUUUGGUGUUUGGUUGUUAAGAAAAUGAGAAUGAAAAUGAUACACAGAGAGCUUAAAACUUUGUUUAUUAAAAUCUGUCAUUUGUUUUCAGUCUUCACCUCAUCUCUUUUUCAAAACUUUUAAUGUUGGCUUUAAUAAUAAAGCUACCAACAUUCCAUGUGCUUCACCUUCCCUACUCUGUUUCUUUGGGCAGCAAAAGAAUCCCAUCUUUUCUUUAGAGAGAGAGAGAGAGAGAGAAGAAAGUUGCAGUUCCAAUCAUGGAGGUUCUCUGGCACGACAUGUGCAUCAAUUAACUUGUCCCACCUCUCAUAUUAUUCUUCCACUUCUAAGCUUCUCUACAUUAUACAUGUAUUUUAAUUUUUAACCACUAUAUUCUCUCUCUCUCUCUCUUUCUCCUUUUUAUUAUACAUACAUAUAUAUAUAUAUAUAUAUGUAUAUGAAUAUAUGAUGUUUUUGUUGUAUAUGUGGAAAAAAAAAAAAAUAAACAAAGGCUAAAAGAGAGUUUUGAUGCCAACAGAGAUGAGCAGUCCAACUCCUUGCAGUAGAUCCUGGUCUAUAAGUGAGGAUUCACUGAGGAGGUAUGUGCAUUUUGCAAGUGAAAACUGCAUACAGGACUUGCUUUCUGCUUCAGAUUCCCACAGGGUUGAAAAUGGCACUGAUGGUUGGAAAAUUCUUAGUUUGGAAAAUGGAGUUGAGAUUUCGAAGCGCCGGUCCGGAUCUCUCCACGCCUUCCGGAGCCGGUGGCUGCUCAAAUCUUUAUCACCCCAACAGUUCAUAACUGUUGCCAAUGCCAUUGAUGCUGCAAAGCAAUGGGACUCGGAUCUGGUAGAAGCUAAAUACUUAAAAGAUCUUGAAGACAAUCUCAAUAUUAUCCAUCUUAGAUUUGGAGACAAUUCCAAACCAUUAUUUAGAAACAGAGAAUUCAUUGUCUAUGAGCGGCGAGAAACCAUGGAAGAUGGAACCCUGGUGGUAGCAGUUGCUUCACUGCCAAAGGAGAUAGCAGCAGGAUUGCAUCAGAAGGCAAAUAAUGCAAUCAGAGGGCUGCUUUUACAGUCAGGCUGGGUGGUGGAGAAGCUUGAAGAUGACUCCUGUUUGGUUACCUAUGUUGUUCAGUUGGAUCCUGCAGGAUGGCUUCCAAAGUGCUUUGUGAAUAGACUAAACAACAGACUGGUUAUGAUAAUUGAAAAUCUUAGGAAACUGGCACAAGCUUGUCCAAUUAAUGGGGAUACUUGAUUACAUUAAUUUUGUGUAAAGCUGGUGAAAAAGAAUGAAGAUUUAGUAUUUUAUAGAGAUGAUAGUUGUUAAUUGUAAUUAUCGAUUCUGUCCUUGCUUUUCUAUCCAUUUCGCACUCUAAACUCUUAUUUAAUACCCUUUUUUUUUUUUUUUUUUGAGGGAGAAAUAAUAA